AUGGAGAACUUUCCUUAUGUGAGUGUACUUGUUUUCCUGGGUGUUGCCGGUCAGUACCCACAUUACCCGCCGCAGAAUGAUUGUCCGUAUAAGGAAUGCUUCUGUGUCGGAAAUGAAAUGCUGUGUAAUUACCGAUACAUGAAGGCAGUUCCACAAAAGCGUAACAACACAAGCCUGAAUAUGGGAAGCAUUGACUUUGGAGGAAAUUUGAUAACCACGAUACCCGCUAGAAGUCUGCCUGCGAAUCUGUCGAAGCUCUCCCUUGAGAGCAAUCCUAUUGAAACUAUCGACAUUACCGCCUUUGAUGAGUCCAUCAACACCCUGAGUUCUUUAAGUCUGUCCGGUGCAAGGUUUACCCAACUUCCAGAAGCCAUAUUUCGCUUGAAACAUCUUACAGAACUGGAUUUGUACGGAAUAAACAUCCUUACGUGGAAUGACACCGGUAUGAGAGGACUUGGUACCACACUGCAGACACUUAAUCUUGGCGCAGUUGGUUUAACGUCAUGGCCUGGUUGGCUAAAAUCAUUCUCACAUCUCACAGAGUUAAGUGUUACUAGCAGCUCUAUCUCCAUCCUACCAGACGAUGCUCUGGAUAUGGUAGCUACUAUCUUGACUGAACUAUCGCUGACCAACAACAGCUUGACAUCUGUCCCUAAAACGCUAUCAAAGAUGACCGUUCUGACCUCAUUAUCGCUGGACCAAAACAGAAUCAAGGACAUCACUUGGCUUCCCCAGUUGUGUAACCUGACACAUCUGACCCUGAACGGCAACCACAUUUCCAAGGCCAAGAAGCUCAGCUCCGCUUUACGUUUCUAUGCCGACACUAUUUACUACUUUCAAAUCAAUGACAAUUUUCUUGCAUCGAUUCCCGACAUGUCAUUCUUAAAACUGAUAACAAGUCUAGACUACACGAACAACCAUAUAUCUGACCCUUACUCUGGAGUUAUCCCUUCAGAUCUGACAGACCUGCAGCUUUCAAACAAUUUAUUGCCGUCCAUCCCUCGCAUUUUCAAAACUAUGAACUCUGUACCCAAUCUAAUUCUAGGAUUCAAUCGUGUAUUGUCUGUUCAAGCAUCAGAUUUUCCUAUUGCAACGCUAACAGUUGAUCUUGAGCAUAAUAUCAUUGUAGAACUAACAGAUUCCAGUUUUCCUGAGAACUCUAACAUUAUCUCAUUAAUUCUUCGAUUUAAUCCCAUUUCUAAGAUUUCUAAAUCCGCCUUUGACAACCUUCCUCGGUUACAACAGUUAGAUAUACAGCACACGAAACUAACUCGGCUGCCUCUGGCUAUAGAGUCACUGACCCAGUUAAGCUCUAUAGAUGUGAGUGGCAGCACUGACCUAGUCUGUACUUGCUUGGAGAAGAGUUUGGAGCGGAUAAUCUCCCAAUUGUCGUCUUACAGUGUCGCCGGGGAUUGUGGCCAAACUAGUUUGUACAUCUUCUUUACAGAACUUAGUCCUAGCUGCCCUCCCAUGUAA